UUCCUCACAUGUUGGAUGCGUCGCGGUUCUUGUUCAGUUCCUGUUCGGUUCGAGCUUCUUUGGAUCCGUCCGGGCCUUGAUGGUGAAUUGUGACGUCAUGUCGCUGCUGAUCGGUAGUGUGCCGGGACAGUUCGAUGACGUAGACACGAUCAGUAGUGACCAAUCAGAGGAGCCGACCUCGCACAGUCAGCUCAGUGAUGUCACACAGCAGCCGCCUUCAGCUGGUCCACACAGCGACGGUGAUGAUGACGAUGAUGAUGAUGAUGAUGAUGACGAUGAGUGGGCGUGGAGCACAGAUGGAACAGAUUUGACCAAACUCUACAACAGAACUCCUCUCAACAGUCAGGCCAACAAACAGAAUGUGUCCAGUAAGAUGGUGCAGGUGUCCACACCCACCGACAAAGCUCUGAGGAAGUACGAGAACAGGAUCAACCUCGACAAAUUGAGGUUUUGUGACUCUGUCAUCAACAAAGUGACGACGAUGCAGAAACAGAACGAUGCAGACAUGUACAGAGUUAAGGACAAAUCAGAUCGAGCCACAGUGGAGCAGGUGUUGGAUCCACGAACGCGGAUCAUUCUGUUCAAGAUGCUGAGUCGCGGUGUCAUCUCUGAGAUCAACGGCUGCAUCAGCACCGGCAAAGAGGCCAACGUUUACCACGCCAGCAGCUCCAGCGGGGACAGCAGGGCCAUCAAGAUCUACAAGACAUCCAUCCUGCUGUUCAAAGACCGAGACAAAUACGUGAGCGGAGAGUUCAGGUUUCGUCGUGGUUACUGCAAAGGAAACCCCAGAAAGAUGGUGAGAACGUGGGCCGAAAAGGAGAUGAGGAACCUCGUCAGGCUGCAGACUGCUGGUAUUCCAAGUCCACAACCUUUGCUACUCCGAAGUCAUGUUCUGCUGAUGAGCUUCAUUGGAACCGACAACAUACCUGCUGCACUGCUCAAGAACGCUGCGUUGUCAGAAUCGAAGGCACGGCAGCUCUACCUUCAGGUGGUGCACAACAUGAGGACAAUGUUCCAGGAGGCUCGACUCGUCCACGCUGAUCUCAGCGAAUUCAACAUGCUAUACCACAAUGGUGAUGCUUACAUCAUCGAUGUGUCGCAGUCGGUGGAGCACGAUCAUCCGCACGCUCUGGAGUUCCUCAGGAAGGACUGCAGCAAUGUCAAUGAGUUCUUCAGGAAACAUGGUGUAGCAGUGAUGACGGUCAGAGAGCUGUUUGAUUUCAUCACAGACCCGUUAAUAACCUGUCACAACAUCGACCUCUACCUGGAGAAGGUGAUGGUGAUUGCAGCAGAGCGAACAGCAGAGCAGCGGUCUGAUCAGGAUUGUGUGGACGAGGAGGUGUUCAAGAGGGCUUACAUCCCUCAAACGCUGACCGAGGUCGGCCACUACGAACAUCAUGUCGACCAGUUGAGGGCGAAGGACAAGGAGCUUGCGCUCAGUGGAAACGAUGACAGUAUUCUAUACCGGACUCUGACGGGCCUCAACAAGGACCUGUCUGGAGUGCAAACGGUUCCUGCUCUGCUGGAGGAUGAGCACUCUUCAUCAACAGAGGGGGAUGAGGAGGAUGAGGAUGAGGAGAUGACACACUUCACCCCAAAACUCAACUUUUUCAGAGUCUGUUGGGUUUUGGAUUUAAAGUGUGGUGCCACUGCUAUUUGUGUCACAGGAUGCUGGUUUCCUGCUGCUCUGAUGAUGGACAUGAACUGUCUCCACCACACUGUUUUUACCUGAGGGUUAGGGUUAUAUGGCCAUGGGGUAUUGCUCAGACCUGUCUGUCUGUCUGUGUUCAGCAUAAGUCCAGUCCUCUUACUGCCAGAGUCUUCAAAUUCACAGGGAAUGUUCUUGGGACACAGACCUUGGACAAGUUCAAAGAUGGCUAACCUUGACCUA